UUCCUUCGUACAAUAUACGUGCCAGUCGUUGACUUCUUAAAGGACAAGUGUUACAAGAGAACCGAGACAGAAACGUUAAUCGUGCGUGUACCAUAUCAUGAAGAGCACGAGGACGGUUCUUGGGAAUAGCAAGACUUACUGAGUCCAAUUUCGAUAUUCUUUUAACAAUCACCAAAGAGAAGCAUACUCUGUGAUGAGAACAUCGUAAGGAUCUUCUCCAGAAGACCAUUGAUUGCUGUGGCUCAAGAGUUCUUCUGGUCGAAAGAGCUCUGGACCCUCUUGGUGAUACCAAAAAUCGUGUUUCUUGGGAAUAGCAAGAAUUACCGAGUCCAAGGAUGUCCUCUUCGUCCGAUAAUUCACAGAGCAGCCAAGUAAGGUUGAAAAGAGGUUCGGUUUUCUGCAGCACACCAGUGAAAACUGUCUGCAGGAAGACCAGCAUUGGUUUCUCGACGGUCAGCAACGGAUCCUCGUCCAGCGUGAACACUGAACAGAAUGUGUUGAAAAAUAAAUGGAAAGCACAGAGAAAGGAAGACAAGCAAUUGAGAAAGGAUCGUAAGAAGAAGAAGAAGAUAACGUUACGAGAGUCGUCUGACAGCGAUUGGAUAACGGAACGGAUACUAUUGGACGAUGAGAAGGAAAAUCGGCAGCCGAAUGAGACGGAUAUUGUUCACACGACACCAGAGGAUGUGUUGUACAUGGGCAUAGGAUCACCGGAACGUCUUCGAAGAGCUGAAGUAUUUCUUGAUAAACUUUUAGAUUCGCCGACUAUUUUACCCCAUCGAAGGGAGGAUAAAGCUCCUAGGAAGAUAGAUCUGGAGGACAGGACGCUCUUGCCUUUGAUCGAUCUACCCCCUCUUCAAUAUCACUUCGAUGAUAGCGACGAGGAAGAAGAACUAAAACUACUGUACCAGCAGAACCCGAAAACAUGUCCAGGUGCAAGAGAUCGAAAGAAACAGAAAAAGAAAAUAUCGAUCGACAAGACCAAACGAUGGUUGGUGGAUAUGAAGAUCCCUACAGCGUCGGCUGAUCUUCUUUGGGAUCAAUAUAUGCAGGCACAUCCUGAAGAAAUGGUCAAAUAUGCUGCUAGAUGCUCCAGAGUGGAAUCAUCGUCAUCUGGACAACAGAAAAAAAGUCUAAAUAAAGGUCGUCGUUCGGAAUUAUGGCCGGAAUUAGGGAUACCAAAGCAUAUGACUAUAGCACGUGGAUACUUGAAUAAAUUUAUGAAGAAAUCCAUUCGAACGUAUAACGACGUGUAUAACUUUCCUGAACCCCCCGUGGACUGGGAAUUUCAAAGAAAUCCCGAAACAGGAGCUCCAAAUAUAAGUUUAAACGAAUAUCUCCUGAAAUGCAAGAACCGAAAGCAAGACGAGGAUAUAGAGGCGGCUGGUCCGUCUUGCUCGAGAAACAACAGACAUACCAAAAAAAAUAUGAAAUAUUUGAAAAAACGACCAUACAAAAAUAUAGAUAAAAAGAAAGCCGUUCGUAAGGUUUACAGCUCAGACUCUAAGAAUCCUGAGUUGGUAUCGGUAGAUGUGUCAGAUGAAGAAUUGGACAGAAUUCUUGAAAUUCGUUCGUUUGAGUUGCUAUUGGACGAAAUUGAAGAGAAAACGGCUGCUAAGGAAAAGUCCUGUCAAGGCUUGAAUCGAGAAUCACAAGAAAAUUCAACAGAAAUCACGCGGAAAAGAAGGAGUGAAGGCGAAAAAAACGUUGCGAAGCGACCAAAAAUGGCGGCGAAAAACAAACCUGUGAUCAGAUCUAUAGAAACAUUGAAGAGGAAGUAUUAUAAAGAGGGAGAGAAUCAUUGGCGAAUUACUUGAACAAUUUGUACUUCGUUAAAGUACUCUGUCCAAUUUGUA